CCUUCCCUCACUGAGUGCCGCCGCCCCCCUUCCCUCGCCUGAGAGCCCCCCCUUCCCUCGCGGAGAACCACCGCCCCCUGUAGCCGGUUUCCGCCGGUUUCCCUGUAGCCGCCGCCUCCUCUCGGUUUCCGCCGGUGUCGUCGCCGCCGCCUCCUCUCGGUUUCCGCCGGUGUCGUCGCCGCCGCCUCCUCUCGGUGUCCUUCUCCCCCGGACGGCAACCUCCGCGGCUCCGGUCACCGACUCACAGUCGCCGGUUGAAGAAUAAGCUUCUACCAUGCUUUUUAUUGACAAAAAUUCGAUCCAAAGGACACACUAUGAUGUUUUGUCAGUGAGGGAGGAUGCGAGCUAUGAUGAAAUCCGAGUGGGUUACAGGGCUGCUGUCCUUAGUUCUCAUCCUGAUAAAUUGCAUGGGACACUAGAUGAAUCGGAUCUUCGACCCAAACAAGAAGAAAAUUUCCUCGAUGUGCAGAAGGCAUGGGAAGUUCUUUCUGAUUCCAAGUCCAGAGCAAACUAUGAUAGGGAGCUGCAAGCUUCCAGGCAGGUUGUGGAGGUUGUGGAUGAUGAAGUCAAAUUGGGGGACAUGGCAAUGGAGACUCUAGGUGAUGUUCAAGAGUUCUUCCAUCAGUGCAGGUGUGGUGAUUAUUUCUUGAUCACGUCAUUGGAGCUUGGGGAGAUGGGCAUCUCAUUGCAUGAAAAUGGAGUAGAAAUACAGACAUCUGCUGAACUGUCACCAUCCUCAGUACUUCUACCCUGUGGUUCUUGUUCGCUUAAAAUCCGUCUUCUUAUAGAUGCGAGCCGUUGAGUUUUUUGUGUGCUGCCUUCAGUUGUUUGUGGUGUCCGCAAAUGGGAUCUCAAAGUUUUGACUAGGAACGGUUCCUACUCAAAUUUGACAGUUGAUGUACUUAUACUUGCUGCUAUAAGUUCUUGUUGUAUUUUUAAGUACCGUGGAUUCAAGCUUCAAGAUCCGGACCGAUUCAUUUGGGGAGUGGGACAGUAGUUUUGUGCGACGACCAACUUGCGACAAAGUCUAGCACUGUCAGUUCCAAAGAUGUUUCUGAGCUGGCUUUUGUUAAGGCCUGUAUUUAUCCACCUUCUCUUCUGUUGCUUCUUGUAUCCUCUUUAGGGUUUCCUCGAGAACAUUAAUUAAAAAUCGGUAAAUGAUAGAGUAACAGAUAUAAUUUUAUUUGGGUACGCUGCAAGCCUUCUAAAGAAAGGUGUCAUAAUCUCUAUUUUCCCUCUUA